AUGACCCUAGUCCAAUACUCUGAUUCGGAAUCCGACUCAGAGUCUAGAUCUUCCAUCCGCCCACUCAAGAAAUCUCGCCACGACAUCAAUCCAGGGCCAUCGCUGCCGCCACUACCUGCAGCAUUCCACAACCUCUAUGCCUCGAGCACACGUGUGAGCGUGCAAGAUAAUCCCAGUCUUCAUGGCGGCCGAACACGCGUAAUUCCUCAUGUGGAAGGAAACUGGCCAACGCAUCUUUAUCUCGAAUGGUAUCCGGGGAAGGAUGAGUUGUCGCUUCUUGAAGAUGUCAUUUCUCAGUCUGAGAAUUUGUCAGAUGAGAAUGCGCCCGUAGUGCACAGUCUUCUGCAUAGUGAUCUCGGUGCACAGCUACCGCUUCAUAUCAGCCUGUCUCGGCCGGUGAUUCUUCGUACCGAGCAACGUGCUUUGUUUACUGAGGCGUUGCAAAAUGCCAUCCACGACUCGCAUGUACAAUCAUUUGAUGUCCAACCGGAUUCUUUAUAUUGGUCAUCCAACUAUGAGAAAACACGCUGGUUCCUCGUCUUAGGCGCGCAGAAACCGAGCCAUGAUGGUCUGAACCGCCUAUUGAAGUUGUCAAAUGAGACUCUUGCUCGCUUUGGACAGCCACCCCUUUAUGCAACCUCGACCCGACAGCAGCAGACAAGUGCAUCCCUCCGUAACAGGAGCAGCAGUUUGAGCGAGGAUUUCUCCGGUUGCUUCCAUAUCUCCCUUGCUUGGAGUCUGUCCGAACCAAGUCCGAAGGAACGUGAACGGGUCGCGGGGAUAGAUUUGCGAGCUUUGCGGGAAAUCCAGGUUGGGUUUGACAGUGUCAAAGCGAAGAUAGGAAAUAUUGUUGGUAGUAUACCAUUAGGAAAAAGUUCAUAG